AUGUCUUCUACUGUUACUGAAGUUCCUACUCUUGCCGUUGAAGGCAUGAAAGGCCAGCGUCGGGAUUUGCCCACACAGAUCCUUCAUGCCGAUGAGGAGGCCUACGCAAAGCAGUUGGAGCCUUUUGGUGGCAAAGAGGACAUGACACAGGGUGGAGAUGUUUACUAUCCAGACCCUCCCAAAAUGGCGGUUGACAUCACCGUGGGUGAUUUAACGGGCCGCGAAAAUGACUUCAACCUGGAGAAAAACGGAUUUUGUCUCGCGAAGCAAGAGAGUACGGUGAUGAAGACGACUGAAGAUCUACAAAACACUAGGAAGAUCAAAGAAGAAUACUACCCUGAGAUGCAAGCCUGGUUGAAAGAGGUAACCGGCGCACCUAUUGUGAAAGUCAUCCAUCAUGGGUCUCGAGUGAGCACCAGCUCACAUGGUGCUAACAGCAUCAAAAAGGAAGAGAUGAAUCAUGUUACUCGGCCCGGUCCUGCUGUGUUCGGAGCACAUCUCGACCAGUCGACCUGGCAGGGUUUCAAUGUGAUCCACAAAUACUUUCCCGACGAAUGCGAGGCAUUGCUUCACGGCCGCUGCAUUAUUGUCAAUGCAUGGCGUCCAAUCAAGCCCGUGUACAAACACCCAUUCGGGAUUGCCGACGCUAGCACUGUUCCUUAUACAGAUCUCGUUGUUCGUGCCAACAGAUGGCUCACUGAAAUUCGAGAAUCGAUGGGCAUACGACCAAAUCCCACUGUCCACAAGUGGUAUUAUAAGUUCGCUCAAACGGCCAACGAGGUUUUGGUAUUCAAACAAUUUGACAACUUUGGCAGUGCCAGGGCGUGCCCGCAUUCCGCAUUCAUUGACUCUGAGUAUGAGGAUGCAGAGCCCAGAGAAAGCAUUGAAGUUAGGGCGAUUCUGCUCUGGCCCGAUGAGAAGCCGUCUGUUUUAGGCUGA